CAUUUCUGGCUAAUCACCAGUCCAUCCAUCCACACAUACAUACAAAGAUGCAGGGCCAUCGCUCAUUCAGAUCACAAUCUCCACAUUGCUAAAUUCCGACCAGGCGCACAGGGUAAUAAGAGGGAUCAGCAAAUAUACCCACCAUGUUUAUAGUUCUACGUUUCCCUUUGAAAUUGUCACCGAGUUGCGUAUCAAAGCCGGCGCAUUGCUUGAUUCGUAAGGCGUCCGUCGUUUACUACCUAGCUUUACUAUUAGCCUCUGAGCUCCACGAGCCGCCGGUACUGGGCGUCAGCUCUUUACUUUCCUUGAGCGUGGAUUGGCCAGAUCUUCAGAUGGAGGCGGUAUGCGGUGCUUACCGGCGAUCCUCGUCUAUCCUGUAUCGCUAUCUUCUAGAAAGAAAUGAAAAUACUUCCAGCUUGUUAUUGUCGGUUUAGGGGGGUGGAAGAGUUCUUUUGCGAGUGAUGGUACCGUUCACACACUCUCGCGCUCUCUACAAUAGCCCAAAUUGAGGUAAUGUAAUGCAGGCAGGAAGACAUUGAACACCAAAAGUGGA